AAACAUUAAGGGUAAUUACGUAAUUUUUCAACUUAUAGGAUCAAAUGAUUCCGAUUCCAUCGCCAAAUAUUUUCAUAAGCAAACUGCUAUCGAUCUUUCCACAUCAUCAGAAAGAAGAGCCGAAAAUCGAUCCCUUUCGGGUACAAUUUUCGAAGAGAGCUUUCAAACCCCUCAAGGCGGUCCAUCAGCCUGCGAUAAAGCCUGUGACCAACAGCUUCAAGAAUGUUGAUUGUGAGAGGAGGGUCCAAGAAGAUUAAGCAAACUGGUGGAGGAGCUAAAACAGCCUUUGUGAGGUACUUCUGUAGGAAAUGUGCACCAAAUGUGAGGAAGAUCAACCCGAAGGUACCCCCCCAAGAGGCCGCCUCCAUAGCUCAAGGUCUCUAUCAGGUUAUCAAGCAACACGGCCCUCUCACUGUCUCCAACACUUGGAACCACGCCAAGGAAAGUGCGGAUAAUGUUAGUCCGGAUUCUAGUUCACCUUCGAAAGAUGAUUUGCUUGAAGAGGCAUGCAAAAAGUAUGAUGAGGCCACUCACCUUUGCCCUACACUUCAUGAUGCUUAUUAUAAUUGGGCUAUAGCAAUCUCUGAUCGGGCAAAAAUGCGUGGUCGUACAAAGGAGGCUGAAGAACUAUGGAAGCAGGAAGCUGGUAGUAGCGGAUUGAGUAGCAAAACACACAUGAAGACGAUGCUUAAAUGGAUGAGGGGGAGAAAGAUGCUGAAGCUAUUUUGCAAUCAUGUUGGUUCCAGCAAGAAAUUCUUGCACUGUACUCAGCCUGAAGAACCUCAAACUGAUCAAUCAAACAACUCCACGGAACUGAAACUACAAACUGAGAAACCUUCCACAAGAAGGAAAAAGAAUACUCUAUAAUGCAUAUGUGCAUUGGGUGUAACUAGGUCUGGGAAUAUUUGUUGAGCUCAUUGUAUUAUUUGAGUAUGGUUUUCCAUAGACUUAAUGGCUACUUUGGGCUUGGUUAUCCAUAUUGACUUAAUAGCUACUUUUGUCUGGAUGUGUUAUUAAUUCUCAGUUUUUACUUUAAUUGAAUCAAUGACUAGUUUGGAAUAGUAGCUUUAA